AUGGCACCGAAGCGGAAGGGUGGCAAUGGGCGGAAGAAGAUUGCCAUCCAGCGGAUCGAGAAGGAGGAAGCCCGACAUGUGUGCUUCUCCAAGCGGCGACAGGGUCUGUUUACCAAAGCUACCGAGCUAUCAGUGAUGUGUGGCGCCGAGGUAGCUGUCGUCGCCUUCUCACCCGGCGGCAAGGGUUUCUCCUUCGGCCACCCCUCUGCCGAGGCCGUCAUUGACCGCUUCUUGGCAGGGGGAGCUGUGGGAGUCCUGAGCACCACUAACGAUAACGAGCUGAAGAAGUUGCACCUGCAACACGGCGAGCUGCGCACGUUGCUGAAGGAGAUGAAGGAGCGCAAAGAGUUCAUGGAGGAGGACAUGGCAAAGGAGCGCGCUGCGGGGGACCAAAUUGCGACGUGGCUCAACCCUGAACUCGGCGACAUGCAAGAAGAGGAUAUUACAGCCUUCACCUCAGAGCUAAUGGUAGUGCGGUCUAUCGUCUCAGAACGCGUAAACCAGGUGCUCUUGGAGGGGCAAAACAUCCACCGCAUGCUCCACGCACCAGCGCCGCCGCUACAACAGCUCUUCGACGGAAGUGCCUUUGAGUUUGGGUUUGCUCCUAGGAUGGAUAUGCACCAUAUGCUAAUGGCAAUGCCUCCACCACUGGAUUUGGCAUACGAGAUGGAUAUGCAGCAGAUUCUUAUGCCGAUUCCUCCACCGUCCAGGUUUGACGCUGGGAUGGAGAUGCAGCAGAUGGUUAUGGCAUUGUCCCCACAACCAGAGUUCGCGACCGGGAUAGAUAUGCAACAGAUGAUUAUGGCAAUGUCACCGCUGUCAGAGUUCUCCAUCGGGAUGGAGAUGCCCCCUCCCACAGGAACAGCCGCGGGGACGGAGAUGGUGCAGCAAGGGCCCGGGCCAAACAUGCGGCUCCCAUACUGA